AACUUUAUUGAUUUAAUUUAUGAUUAUUAAAUAAGAACAAAGUUAAAGUGGGAGGACGAAAUAGACAAAAACAAUUGACCAAACUGCAUGUAAAAAAAUAUUUAGUAAAGUCAAACAAACAGUCAUUGGCAUAUUUGGGAAAAGCACGAGAAAUUGGCAAAGAAUACGUGGAAACAUUAAUUUUUGUAUUUUGUGAUUUCAGCAUGGCGAUGGUUGAAAGAAGGCCGGUGAAACUUUAAAAUACUUUUUUAGAGGUAUUUUUGAAUAAUUGUGGCAAAAUGGCUCAAGAGAUUAUUGCUGGGUUAAAGUCACGAAUUCCCGAACAAAAAUUUGAGGCCGCAAAGAAACUUCAGCUGUAUGUUUCGACGGAGUUACGCGAGGUGUCUGCAGAACAGGCGACCGCGUUCAUGGAAGAUUUUAUCAUACGUGGUAUAUUUGAAAUGACCAACAGUGCAGACGCUAGCGAUAGAAAAGGUGGAAUUCUUGCCAUAAUGGUGUUAAUUGGUGUCGAUAUAGAAAACGCUACCUUUAUGCCUCGUUUCGCGAAUUAUCUGAGAAAUUUAUUGCCAUCAAAUGAUCCGGUAGUGAUGCAAAUGGCAGCCAGAGCUAUGGGACGAUUAGCUUUAACUGGAGGAACUUAUACUGCAGAUUACGUAGAGUUUGAGCUGAAGCAAGCUUUAGAAUGGCUUGGUGAACGCAACGAAGGCAAACGCCAUGCAGCAGUGUUAGUGCUUAGAGAAAUGGCACUUAAUGCGCCGACAUUUUUUUUCCAGCAUGUGCAACCAUUUUUUGAUAAUAUUUUUGGUGCUGUUCGAGAUCCAAAGCAGGUGAUACGUGAAGGAGCAGUUGAGGCGCUACGUGCCUGUCUGAUCAUUCUAGCCCAACGAGAGAACAAACAAACACAAAAGCAAUCAAGUUACUGUCAGAUUUAUCAACAAGCAAAGAGUGGAUUUGAAGACAGUGCAAGCACAAAAGAAAAAGGAAUGAUGCUAACAAAGGAAGAUAAAGCCCAUGGUUCAUUGUUGCUUUUAAAUGAGCUGCUACGAAUAUCUUGCAUGGAAGGUGAACGUCAUCGUCAAGAGCUUGAAAAUACUUACUCUGAUCAUUCAGAAGAUUUACAAAGUGUUGAAAAAAUUAUUUCAUCAAAAAGUCCCAUGUUUCAACAGGGUAGCUGUCAAUCUCAACAUCAACUGGAUAUGACUUUUAGCGGGAACUCGUUUAAUGAUGCUCAUCACUGCUACAGUCGUAUCUGUAGGGAAUAUCUUGAGGAGAAAUUUGAUGAAAUGUGCCGUCUUGUGUUUCGAUUUCGUAAUCAACGCAACAAUUUGAUUCAACAAGCACUACUUGUUUUGCUUCCGCAGUUGGCAUCCUUCAACCCAACAAAAUUUGUUCACAAAAACUAUCUUAAGGACACCAUCCAGUACUUAUCUGGUGCAUUCAAACGUGAAAAAGAGAGAUCAGCUGCCUUCAAAGCCAAUGGUCUUGUCAUACUGGCUGUGAGGAACCAUAAAACAGAUCUGGAACUGUUAUCCAAGGUGACAUUGGAACAAAUUAGGCAAGCUCUACCUAUGAAAGAUACUGGUCAUAAAUCAAAGAAACAACUUUCUGUUGAUCCCAUGGUGUUUGCAUGCAUCAGCUGUUUGGCAAGAGCAGCUGGUAAAAGUAUUUACAAUCAAUUAAAGGAGUUGCUGCAACCCAUGCUUUCUGUUGGUCUCAGUCCUGCUUUGACUGCAUGUCUUUGUGAUCUUGCACGAGAGUGCACACAGCUUAAGAAAAGCAUCCAAGAUGGUCUACUUACAAUACUUUCACAAAUUUUGAGAAGUCGUUCCUCACGAUCCGCGCAACCAAAGAGUUCAAGUCAACCAGCCACGCCUACAGGAGCUGCUCUAUCUACUGACCAAGUUGAAACUUCAAAUAUUGUCCUUGCUUUGCGGACGCUCGGAUCGUUUGAUUUUGAUGGCCAUCAACUCACGCACAAUAAAUUGAUAAGACAUUGCUCUGAAUCAUUUCUUGCCAGUGAAAAUAAAGACAUAAGAAUGGAGGCUGUUAGAACUUGUUCAAGAUUGUUAUCACCGUCUGUCCAUCCGAUGAUUGUUCCAAAUGCACCAAUGCCAACUGGUCCAAUAAGUCCAGCAUUACAACAGCUUGUCUCAGAAGUUCUUGCCAAACUUCUACUCGUGGGUAUUACGGACGAAGAUCGUGACAUUCGUUUCUGUGUUUUAUCUUCCCUGGAUGAAAGAUUUGAUUCGCAUUUAGCGCAAGCUGAAUGCUUGGAACAGCUUUUCGUUGCUCUAAAUGAUGAAAAAUUCGAGAUUCGUGAAGUUGCUAUAUGUACCAUUGGGCGUCUUAGUGGUCUCAAUCCUGCCUAUAUCAUGCCGACGUUGAGAAAAACACUUAUUCAAAUUCUCACCGAACUCGAAUACAGCGGUGUGGGUAGAAACAAAGAGCAAAGCGCGAAGAUGUUGGGUCAUCUUGUCCGGAAUGCGCACCGUUUGAUCCGUCCGUACAUGAUCUCCAUUUUAAAGGCCCUUAUUCCCAAACUCCAAGACCCUGACCCGAAUGUCGUUAUUAGUGUCUUGUCGGCUGUUGGAGAGCAUGCGCAGGUUUGCGGUACUGAAAUGAAGAGAUGGUUAGAUGAACUCUUUCCCAUCAUCAUACAAAUGUUACAAGAUGCGUCAUCAUUAUCGAAACGUGAAAUAGCUUUGUGGACGUUAGGUCAACUUGUUGAGAGCACCGGAUAUGUCGUAGAACCGUACCAAAAGUAUUCCAAUCUUCUUGAUGUUUUGUUAAAUUUUCUAAAAACAGAGCAAGCGUCGGGUAUCCGUAAAGAAGCCAUUCGCGUUCUAGGUCUUCUCGGUGCCUUGGAUCCGUACAAACACAAACUAAACCAAACUGGCGGUGUUCGUAUUGAUUCUGGCGUUAGUCAAGACACAGGGGAAAGUAACGAAUCUACAGACAAUACAACAAGUGAAAUCUUCGUGACUAUGGGAAGUGGACAACUUGAAGAGUUCUAUCCUUUGGCUGCCAUUAGUGCACUCAUGCGAAUCAUGAGAAAUCCCUCGUUAUCCCAACAACAUCCUAAAGUUAUACAGGCGGUUAGGUUUAUCUUCAAUAGCAUCGGUAUGAAAUGUGUGACGUAUCUUCCACAAGUUAUGCCACCAUAUCUGACAGUUAUUCGAACAUGCGAUCAAUCAUUAAGAGAUUAUGUUUUUCAACAACUUGGAAUGUUGAUCGGUAUCGUGAAGCAGCAUAUUCGUCACUAUCUGGAUGAGAUUUUCGCCCUUAUAAAGGAGUCUUGGACGAUGGACAGUUCGCUUCAAACUCUAAUUCCACUUGUGGAAACAAUAUGCGUCGCAAUGGGUGGUGAAUUUAAGAUGUACCUACCGCAAAUCAUACCACAGAUUUUGAAGGUGUUUAUGCACGAUAGUUCCAAAAAUAGGAUUGAUACACUUAAACUCCUGAAUGCUUUCGAGAAAUUUGGUUCAAGUUUAGAUGAUUAUCUCCACCUGAUGAUUCCACCUGUCGUUAGACUCUUCGAUUCUGGUGACAUUAUGAGUGUUCGUCGAAAGGCUCUUGAGACGAUAGAGAAGUUAUGUCAUCAACUUGAUCUUACAGAUUUCGUAAGUCGUAUUAUUCACGCAAUCGUUCGUACCUUAGAUUCAACGCCGGAACUUCGUGGACCUGCACUUGCAACACUAAUGUCUCUUGUCAAUCAACUUGGUAAGAAGUUUAUACCUUUCAUUCCAAUGGUAAACAAAGUUAUGUUGAAGCACAAGAUCAAUCACAAGAGGUAUGAUGUUACCGUCGCUAGGAUACAACGAGAGUCGACAAUAUCGUUUUGGGAAGAAGAACCAUAUUUUCCGCCAUUACGGUCUGCUCGAAGGUCCCAAAGUUCUGAGUCAACGAGUUCCGUGGACAGCGGUGUGAAAAAGCUUCAAAUGAGUGUUAAUAGUUUACAGAAAGCAUGGUCGUCGGCUCGGUGUGUUUCAAAAGAUGACUGGUUAGAAUGGCUACGACGUCUUAGUCUUGAACUCCUGAGAGAAUCACCGUCAACUCCCUUACGUUCAUGUUGGUCUCUUGCUCAGUCACAUCCACCGCUUGCUAGGGACUUAUUGAAUGCUUCCUUUGUUUCAUGUUGGUGCGAACUUCACGAAGAAAUGCAGGACGAACUUGUGAAAAAUCUCGAGCAUUGCCUUCGAUCCCAAAACAUCCCGGAAGUGACGCAAACAUUGUUGAAUUUAGCCGAGUUCAUGGAACAUACCGAUGUUGCAUCUCUUCCUCUGAGCGACAAACUUUUGGGCGAAUGUGCUUCCAAGUCGCGUGCUUAUGCUAAGGCUUUGCAUUACAAGGAAAAGGAAUUUCAUGACGGUCCAAACACUGAAACACUUGAAUCGUUAAUUAGUAUUAAUAACAAAUUGCAACAACCUGAAGCCGCGUACGGUGUGCUGUCUUAUGCUAUGAAAGAUCAUGGCCCUGAUAUGAAAAUGAAGGAUUUAAAAGUGAAAGAACGCUGGUAUGAAAAGUUGCAUGAAUGGGAAAACGCUUUGCAAGCUUAUCAAAAGAAACUCGAAGAAGAGCCGGAAAACAACGAAUACUCGCUAGGUAAGAUGAGGUGUCUUGAGGCAUUGGGAGAAUGGGGCGAGCUCCACAAAGUUGCAUGUCGUAAAUGGCCGGAUGUGAGUGACGACACGCGUAAAGAUAUGGCUCGCAUGGCAGCUGCAGCAGCCUGGGGACUAGGUAAUUGGGAAAGCAUGGAGGAGUACACUUGUCUUAUUCCGCGGGAAACUUUGGAUGGAGCAUUUCAUCGUGCCGUUAUGGCUCUUCAUCAAGAUCAUUUUCAACAAGCUCAGACUUGCAUAGACGCUGCAAGAGAUGUCUUGGACACGGAGUUGACAGCAAGAGCAGGCGAAAGUUACAAUCGUGCCUAUGGCGCUGUUGUUAAUGCACAAAUGCUGUCUGAACUUGAGGAGAUUAUUCAAUACAAACUCGUUCAAGAACGUCAAGAAACAAUUAAAAUUACCUGGUGGAAUAGACUUCAGGGCUGUCAGAAAGUUGUUGAAGACUGGCAUAAGAUCCUUAAAGUACGAUCGUUGGUCUUGAGUCCACAGGAGGACAUGCAGUCUUGGUUAAAGUUCUCUAGUCUUUGUCGAAAGAGUGGUCAUCUUGCAUUGAGUCAUAAUACAUUGGUAAUGCUUCUUGAUAAAGAUCCAUCGAAGAGCCCUCAUGAUCCUCUACCCACUACAUAUCCCCAAGUUACCUUUGCCUAUAUGAAGUACAUGUUUCGUAAUGGUCAGAAGCAAGAAGCGUUUCAACAUCUUCAACAUUUCGUUAAAACUACUCUACAUCAACAAGCAUUGAAGUCCAUAAGUCCAGAAGAUCAACAAAAGAGGCAAGAAUUACUAAAAUUGUUGGCUAGAGGCUACCUUAAACUCGGUGAUUGGCAAACUGAUCUUGCUGGCUUCAAAGAAGAUACGAUUCCUGUAAUUCUGAAGCAUUACAAAGCGGCUACUGAGAACGAUCAGACUUGGUACAAAGCAUGGCAUCAAUGGGCUUUUAUGAACUUCGAAGCUGUUCUGUAUUAUAAGAAUCGUCAAUAUUUACAAGAAAAUGCAAGUGAUCCUAAAUCACCAACUCAAUCCUCAAAUCCGAUCCUCAGUCAUGCUGUUCCAGCUGUACACGGUUUCUUCAAAUCUAUUGCUUUAUCACGUCCUGGUAACUCGCUUCAAGACACCCUGAGACUGUUAACUCUUGCCUUUGAUUUUGGUCAACUGUCCCAAGUUUACGAUGCGGUUGUGGAGGGAAUGAAAACGAUCGAGAUUGAUACCUGGCUUCAAGUCAUUCCUCAGUUGAUUGCAAGAAUCGACACUCCUCGACAAUUGGUCAGACGGUUGGUCCAGCAGCUAUUGACAGAUAUUGGCAAACAGCAUCCUCAAGCGCUUAUAUAUCCCUUGACUGUUGCUUCAAAGUCUGCAAGUCCAGCUAGACAUAAUGCCGCCAAUGAAAUCUUGAAUAAUAUGUGCGAGCAUAGUCAGGUGUUAGUACAACAAGCUUUGAUGGUCAGUGAAGAGUUGAUUCGCGUCGCCAUCUUGUGGCACGAGCUUUGGCAUGAAGGAUUGGAAGAAGCUUCGCGACUUUAUUUCGGUGAGAAAAAUGUCAAAGGGAUGUUUGCUGUACUCGAGCCGUUACAUGCAAAGAUGGAACGUGGACCACAAACCUUAAAAGAGACGUCGUUUAGCCAGGCACAUGGUCGUGAUUUGAUGGAAGCACAAGAUUGGUGUAAGAAAUACCAAAAGUCCGGCAACGUGAAGGAUCUUACUCAAGCCUGGGAUCUUUACUACCAUGUGUUUCGUAAAAUUGCCAAACAGUUACCUCAGCUUAUAUCUUUAGAAUUACAAUACGUUUCACCGAGACUUCUGAUGUCACGAGAUUUGGAACUAGCUGUUCCCGGAACUUAUGAACCACAUAAACCGGUUAUACAUAUCACUCGAGUUCAUCCAUCUCUCAAUGUUAUAAUAUCAAAACAACGACCAAGAAAGUUGGCCAUAACUGGCAGUAACGGUGCUGAAUUUAUGUUCUUGUUAAAAGGACAUGAAGAUCCACGACAAGAUGAACGUGUUAUGCAACUAUUUGGUCUGGUCAAUACCCUUCUUGACAAGGAUCCUACAACAUCCAAACGUCACCUUAGCAUACAACGUUACUCCGUUAUACCGCUAUCGACGAACUCUGGUCUGAUUGGCUGGGUCCCACAUUGCGAUACUCUCCACGCACUCAUUCGUGAUUAUCGCGAGAAGCAGAAAAUUUUGUUGAAUAUUGAACACAGAAUUAUGUUGAGAAUGGCUCCUGAUUACGAUCGUCUCACUUUAAUACAAAAGGUUGAAGUAUUUGAACAUGCGCUUGCUAACACCAAAGGUGACGACUUGGCCAAGCUUUUAUGGUUAAAGAGCCCAAGUUCAGAAGUUUGGUUUGAUCGCCGCACGAAUUACACCCGUUCGCUGGCAGUUAUGUCAAUGGUUGGUUAUAUCCUGGGUUUAGGUGAUCGCCACCCAUCAAAUCUAAUGUUGGAUCGUCUUACUGGUAAAAUAAUUCAUAUCGAUUUUGGUGACUGCUUUGAAGUUGCGAUGACAAGGGAAAAAUUUCCAGAAAAGAUCCCAUUCCGAUUGACAAGAAUGUUGAUCAACGCUAUGGAAGUUACCGGUAUCGAUGGUAAUUAUCGACUGACAUGUGAACGAGUCAUGAACGUUAUGCGUGAAAACAAGGAUAGUGUCAUGGCUGUUCUCGAGGCAUUUGUGUAUGAUCCUCUUCUUAAUUGGCGUCUUAUGGAUACCGUUCCUAAAGUGAAGAAAUCCAAGGCUCAUUCUGAGUCUAUUGUGGACAGCGGUUCUGAUAUCUUAGAAAGUGGAGAACAUGAAGUUCCCAAUAGAAAGACGACGACGAAUAUUGAACAGUUGCAUUCUAUGGACCAAGGUAAUCACGAGCCUGAGGAAUUAAACAAGAAAGCUGUGUCUAUUAUCAACCGCGUUCGUGACAAGUUGACUGGAAACGACUUUCCAAAUAGAGAGGUGCUAGACGUGAAAACCCAGGUAGAGUUAUUGAUUGACCAAGCAACAUCGUAUGAUAAUCUGUGUCAGGGUUAUAUCGGCUGGUGUCCAUUUUGGUAGCUGAUUUUAACAAAGUACAUGUUUGUCGAUGCUCUCGAGAUUAAAGAGAAAAGUAAGAUGAUCAUACAAAGUAAUAUACAUAAGGUUAAUAAUUUUCAAUUAAAAGUGUGUUAGUUGAUUUAUUGCAUUCAUAAGGUAGAUCUGGUAAUACGUCCAUUGUUAUUGUCUUAGUAUUAUCAACUUAGUCACGUUUAAUGGUAGUGAAUUAGAUUAUAUAGUUGUAAGCAAGAUCCAGUGUUUUUUGUGGGGGUGGGAGAGUGGACAGAAAAUUUCUGUGGCACAGGAAGUCCAAUUUUUCUAUUGCUAUGUGAACAUUUUUGGUUUUUUAUUGGGUUUUUUUAUUAGUUCUCCAAAAAUAAGCCUUAACAAUUUCAAUAAAAAAUUUACAUAGCAGAGAGAGAAAAAUUCGAUUACACCUGCAUUUAAAAUUAUUUAAUGCAUUAAAAUGUUUUGAUGAAGCAAACCAUUUUAGAAAUUCAAUCAAAAAAAGUCAAACUUAGUGUUAUUGAAAGAAAUGUUCAAAAACAUUGAUUAAUUAUUAUGAAUAGACAUGUUGAUAACAGAGAAGGUAAUGAUUUCAGACUUACUUUUAAGAAGGAGAAAUGAGGGACACGGAAGGUGCGUAGAUGACAAUGCGGAACUUUUCCUCAAAUGUGUAUCCCAAGUAUACCCAAACCUCCUCCACCUACAUCCUAACGUUUUUGUCGUAUUUUCCUUGAAAUGAAUUUUUUAAGGAUUUUAGAGACAUGUGAGUAUUUAUUUUGCAGCGUGAUUGCACAAAGUAAUGAUUUUUUUAACACAUAGUUGCAAAGAAAAAGUGUAUGCAAUUUGAAGUCCCGCGUAAGUUAAUCAUGUAUGUAGUUGCUGUAAUCUGUUCAUAUAGUGUUAAUUGCACGAAUUAUACGAAUGAAACUAUAUCUAAAAAGGGUUGUUAGUGUAUUAGUUUGCAUCGCUCAUAACAAUUUGAAGUCAUGUAAACAACAGCUGAAAUUUGUUCUUUCUUCAUUAGAUAUAGAACAUGUUAAAGCAAAUAUUGCGUAUCUUAUUUCGUUAAGUUAGAUAUAUAAUGUAAAAUGUAGAUAACUAUAAAGAUGUAGAUGACUAUUGUAGGUUACUAUAAGUUUUAGUACCUAUUAUACUCAUUGAGGCAGUUGCAAGGGACCUACAUCACAUUGAAGUGAAAAAUGGAUGAUAAAAGUUGUGAAGAAUGAAGAAAUUUUGCUGUUGUACAAACAAAGGUGCUAAAAUGUCUUGGUUCUUUCGGUCGUCGCCAUCAUUAUGAAAAUAUGUUCGUUGUGUUAGCAGACGAUCAAACCUCAAAAAACAAUUAUUGGAGAACAAAAAUAACAGAAUAUCCAAAGGCUAUGCCCUGAUGGUGGUUCGUUGAAUCCAUUGAGUUUUAUAAAGUCCUAUUGGUUAAACUAUGACUGUGCGAUGCAUGGCAUACUGGUAUACAUGAUCUGUGUUUGUUUAAUUUUCAUGUAUUCAGGAGAGUGAAAAGAAUUGAAAAAGUAAGGAUAAAAAAUUGAGAGAUACAAGUCUCCACAUUCUCCAAAAUCCUAAUUUGCUGCAAUUAAACCAUUCAAUGAAUAUAACCAAUGAAACUCCCAAGAUUUUAACACAUGACUAGUUUUGACCAAUUACAUUUCAUGAUUGAUUUAGUCAAACUUUGAUCCUUCCCCGCCAUGUUUAAAAAGAUUUCUUCCUGGCACAGUCCUUAUCGUAUUGAAAAAAGUAUUUCACGAACUCAGCAAACCUGUUUUGGAGAGUUCAAAUUGCCUCGGUGCUGGGCUUUUGCACAAGGAUAUUCACUUCAUCAAUCAAGAAGAAUGUUGAAGCUUGAAAUCAAGACAAGUGUGGAUACACAGGUGUUUGUGGUGGUGAUAGUCGUACAUCAAGUCUCAAGAAAGAUUCGUUGUAAAGGAAGAACUCUUUGGAAUCACCUGUGUAUGAUACAUACAUAAUAAAGCAUGUUACAUCUAAACAGCCCAACCAAAAGGUGAACAGAAAACAACGACAGCAAGUGCAAUGGCAGAACAACGAUGAAAUUGAAUUUGACAAAGUGAGCAUUUGUCGAAAAGAAUUUGGGUAUACAAACCGAUCAACAGCUAGAAGUUUAGAUAAACGUCAACGUUGGGGAAGAAUUUACUGAUAGCUGACAGAUAUUCUCAGUGUGGACUGCACGCAAAUUAUUAACUAUCAAAGCAGAGGCUCUGAUAUUUAUAUUAAGAAUUCGCUUUCCGCCCGGUAUAUCCCUGGUCACAAUUCUGAAGAAACUAUCAAAGCGGAAUUAUUACGAGUUAAAUUACUACGAGUGAACUACGGCAAGUGCCAUUGGGCUGGUAAAGCUAAUAUCGACAGCAGCCGCUAAAAGAAAUCUGCAUGGUUUAGCCGUAAGAAAACGUGCUGCUUUUGGAAGACUUAUUACUUUUCUCUAUCUUUUUCAAAAGAAGACAUAAGUAACUAAAGAUGUUUUGCUAUUGUAUUACCAAACUAACAUUAAUAUAAAUGUAUUUAUUUGUAAUACUUUUUCAGUCUUUAUAUCAACACUCGACUACGAAUAUGA